AUGAAUGAAUUAGAUGAUGAUAAAAAUGCCAACAGCGAAUCUCACAAUAAAAAGCACCGAACAUCAUCUUCAUCAUUAGCUGAUAAUGAUAGAAAAAUGGAGGAAAAUUCCAUCGUAUUAAAUCCCGUUGUCUUCCAAUCAAAUCCAAUUAAUCAUGUUGACAUAAAUGCAUUGAAUAAAACUAAUACUACAAGUUCACAAGUAUCAAAUAACAGUUCUUCAACAAUAAAAUCAAAACCACUAUCCAAAUUGUUUUCCAGAAAAAAAUCCCUGACCAAUAUAUCUGAUACUAAUCACUUGGAACUGAACGAAUUUGAACUAGAGUCUCAUGAUUCGAAUUCAAUGGUCAAUGGGUCCUCUCAAGAUUGGAAAAAACAUCGUUCAAUGAAACAUUCUAUAAAAAAGCAUACACCUACUAUAAAUCCAAAAUCUGAAUUUGUGAAUGCAAGCUUACAUAAUCCAGAAAAUAUCAAACCCAGAAAAACCUCCAUUAGUUCACCUGUAUCUAGCUUUCUGAAUUUAUUUCAUAAAUCAUAUGUUAACCCAAGUUCUAAUAAAUUGGAUCGUAAACAAAGUGGCGAUCAAUUUCAUACGAAUCAACUGAAAACUGGCUUAUGCCUAUCUUCAAACAACUCAAACUCUAGCAUUAGCAAUUCUCAACAAGCUAAGCUAUUCAAAUUUACCAACCCAAACUACACUACUGAAGAGUAUGAUGGAGUAGCGGAACAUAGAUCUUUGUUGGAUAUUCACAAAAAAUUGUCAACACCAGCUGACCUGUACAUACAGCAUAAGCUCAACAAACAUGUUCCAUCAGACUUAGGAUUGGGUAUAGUUACUGAUAUGGAUAAUAAAUUGACCGAUAAGGAAAUUGGAAAGGCUCAAAAGCAAUUGAUGCAGUUAUUGAAAGUUCAGUUUCUACCCUCAAAACAGGGAUUGUUUCAUCAAGGAUUACAAUAUCCCAGUACUGGAUUUGCAUUGGAAGAUUUCAGUGUAGGGAUUAAAGAGCAUUUCAAAAACUUAACCAAUUCUGGAGAACCUGAAAAAAAUGAAAAUCCAAAAAUAAACAAAGUGCGAGGCAAGAGUAACAAGUUCAGUGUGAAACACCACAGAAUGAGUCAACAAAUUAAGGAAACCGACAAUCCUCCUAGUGAGUUUCUGGUUUAUAAAACUGAAGACGUGGUGCAAGAGUUAUUAUUAAUGUUAAAUCAAGGAAUGAGGUACAUGAAGGAUGACAUGUCAAAGUUGAUGAAUUUGGAAUUACUGCAUAAAAAUUUAGAAAACAAGUCUGGGCAAGAACUAACUCAAAGGUGGACUUUGUUGGCAAGAUUGUGGAUAUACUAUGACACAAAAAUUCGAUUCCAAAUACUUCAAAUUCUAUCGCCACUUGAGAUUUAUUUACAGAGCCAUCAUUUUGAUGAUAACAAUCAAAUAGACUUUAGUUUCCCAAAAUUUGAUGAGUUAUCUUUGUACUCGUUUUAUAUUAAUAUCAUCAAUCCCUUUUUAAAUGAAAGGAAUUACAAUAGCUUGAAAUCGAAAAAUGUAAGUCCAAAUUUGGGACACUUAGUUAAUGAGGAAAUUAAGUUUUUCACGGAAAAUCCCAAAAUAACAUGUGUUAUGAUGGAAUGUUUUGGGAAAAUUCGAAGCAUGCAAUAUUCAGCGUUGAUGAAAUCAGAGAAUGAAACUCAAUAUCAUAUGCACACUAUGAAAAUGUUGAUAUCAGAAUUGAUGGAACUUGGCGAAAAAUGA